GGCGUCAUUGUUCGCAAUCUUCUUCCACAACUUGAACAAACCGUCCAACCUUAAUCAUUCCUUUUGUCGCUUUUCAUAACCGCCUACCUGUGAAGCACGCGAAAAUGUCCUUCUCGAUUACUCUCCGCCAGGGACCUGCGCGCCUGGCAUCCAGGUUGCCAGAGAUCUCCAAAUCCUCUCUUCGAACCGUAGUUCCUGCCCGAGCUUUCCAUCAGUCCGCCACCAGACCAUCCAACUUCUUCACAUCGCGAACGACGCUCGUAUCAAAGCUGUCGCGGACUACACCAAAAAAUGCAUUUACGAAAUCGUUAAGAACCUACAUACAGCAGCCUGCUGCCCCCGCGACCGAUUCUGGCUCGACGAUCCGCCGACUGCUAACCGGUGGCGCAAUUUUUGGUGGUACUCUAAUCGCAAUCAACGCCGUUUUCAACCGCGAGACCCGAGAGGAUGGCGGUAUGCCACCAUUCGAGAGAUCUUACCUUAAUCAGACCUUCCUUCAUACUGGCCUUGGUAUCGGCAUUAUCGGUAUCACGGCGCGGCAGAUGAUUCAGAGCGGUUUCGUUUACAGAAUAAUGGUGACGAACCCGUGGGUUGUAGCCAUUGGAGGUCUGGCUCUCAGCUUUGGCACUAUGCUCGGAACAAGGGCUAUCGACCCUGAUAACUAUGUCCCCAAGUACGCCCUCUGGAUUGCGUUCAAUGCUACUCAGGCCGCCUUCAUCGCCCCUCUUGUCGCUUUCGCUCCCGGUGCUCUGAUCGCUCGUGCCGGACUCUAUACUGUCGCGAUGAUGGGUUCUAUCUCAUUCGUGGGUGCUACCGCUAAGCAAGAGAAGUACAUGUACAUUGGUGGCCCUCUCCUUGCCGGAGCUGCAAUCGUUGCCGUUUCGGGUCUUGCCCCGCUCAUCAUACCGGUUACGGCCGUCCGAACAUUAGCAAUUACGGAGAACCUUUGGCUGUACGGUGGUCUGGCAGUCUUUGGUGGCUUCACGCUAUACGAUGUGCAGAAGAUCCUCUACCACUCCCGCUUGGCUGAGCGAGGUAUCAUCAAGAAGGACCCAGUCAACGAGAGCAUUUCGCUCGAGUUGGACUUCUUGAACAUUUUCAUCAGGAUGGUCCAGAUCUUGAUGAUGCAGCAGAACCGCAGGAAGUAAUCGGGCGAUGAUUAGGAUAAGGACUUGUUAGCAGGGCAUGCUGUCAUGAUGGGAUGAAAGGAGGGGUCAGGCUUAAGUGUAAGGUUGAUAAUGCCUCGCUUUUAAUCUGGGUAUCAGAGGCAGAAUGGAAACUCCCCUCUCCUGGCCACGCAAGGAUUGUCUAGGACUAUACGAAUGUAUUAACUAGCGUAACUAGUCGAAUAAAAAUAGUAAAACAAUUAGGAAUAACUAUUAUCAAAUAUGGAUCGUAUGUAUGGGUAUGUGGUUGAGAAGAUAUCUCGAUAUUACAUGCCAAGGAUUCAGCCUAAAGAACUACAUAGGCGAACAGCCCCCUGGCUAGAUUGAUU